GAAAAGACGACAGUUCAAUCAUUGAUUUCAUUCCUCGCUACUCAAGACAGGUAAGUUUCCAGGUAAGUAAAGUAGGUCGACAAACAAAGUGGCUAUUCAACCCAAAAACCUCCCUGCCUCCGAAUUGGCUCCUUUCUUCGCUUCCCCCUAGCCGUGCACCUCGAGUCUCCUCCCUCCUCGCAGCUGCUUGACGCCAACCAUUGUUUUCUCUUUCUUCCCUCCCCCGGCAACAGGAAGCCCGUCGCCGUGCAGUGCAACUCCUGUUUUCCUGUACCCCGCGUGUCGGUGGGCUUGACCACAGCUUGACUGCGUCUGUUAUCGGCUUGGGAUUAUCGUUAGAAAAAAAAACCAUUGUGUGGGGAAAACAGAUUUCCUGAGGGUCAACCACUGUCAACAUGGAGAACUAUCAGAAGAUCGAGAAAAUCGGAGAGGGAACCUACGGUGUCGUCUACAAAGCCCGUGAGCUCACUCAUCCCAACCGAAUUGUCGCCCUGAAGAAGAUCCGAUUAGAAGCCGAGGAUGAAGGUGUUCCCAGCACCGCUAUCCGGGAGAUCUCUCUGCUGAAGGAGAUGAACGACCCCAACAUCGUCCGGCUGUUCAACAUCGUGCACGCUGACGGCCACAAACUCUAUCUCGUCUUCGAGUUCCUCGACCUUGACCUGAAGAAAUACAUGGAGGCUCUUCCUGUGAGCGAGGGUGGACGGGGAAAGGCCCUGCCGGAAGGUUCUGCGCUGAGCAAGAACAUGGGACUGGGCGAUGCGAUGAUCAAGAAGUUCAUGGCUCAGCUGGUGGAGGGCAUUCGCUACUGCCACAGCCACCGUAUCUUGCACCGUGAUCUGAAGCCUCAGAACCUGUUGAUUGACCGCGACGGAAACCUGAAGCUGGCCGAUUUUGGUUUGGCUAGGGCGUUUGGUGUCCCAUUGAGAACCUACACACAUGAGGUUGUUACUUUGUGGUACCGUUCCCCUGAAAUUCUCCUGGGUGGACGCCAAUACUCGACUGGUGUUGAUAUGUGGUCCUGCGGUGCCAUUUUUGCGGAGAUGUGCACGCGUAAGCCGUUGUUCCCUGGUGACUCGGAGAUCGAUGAGAUCUUCAAGAUUUUCCGCCUUCUCGGUACCCCCGACGAGGCCGCCUGGCCCGGAGUCACCUCUUUUCCGGACUUUAAAGCCACGUUCCCGAAGUGGAAGCGUGAUGAAAGCCGUGCUCUGGUCGCUGGACUCGAGGAGGACGGAUUGGACCUCCUCGAUGCCCUCCUCGAAUACGAUCCUGCCCGGCGUAUCUCCGCCAAGCAGGCCUGCAUGCACCCCUACUUCGCCAAUGGCAGCUCAUACUACUCCGGUCGCACUCGGUCAACAAGAAACGGUUUCCACUAGGCCAACCCUGCUACACGUUACCCCCGAUCAUGUUUUAACGCAUGGAUGCAUGCGGAUCAACCGUGGCAGGUGCAACGGCGCAGGGGCAUGGACAGCAAGCGGUCCCUGCACUCACCCCCAAGGCCAAGUCCACUCCGCGUCGCUGCUACAUCCCGCUCUUUCUUAACAUUUCUCAUCGUUUUCUGCUUCUGUUUCAUGGCGUUGUUUGCGGAGUGAUCUGGCAGGAACGAGAAUAGGUUACUGGAUAUCGCAAGGAGUAUUUUGACUAACGCGUACAUACCCAUAAAUGAGUAAAUGGA